UAGACGCACCGAUCGAAAUAAAAUGUUUCAAAAAAAGAAUUGAAAUAAUCGCGAACGACUUUCCAGAUUCACAUAUCUCGGAUACUGUUAAAUUGAAAAUUAUUGUGCUUUUCGUUUCGUUUACAAAUAUUUUCUUUUUGUUCUGUUUUCUUUUUGGUGAUCGUGAUUUGUCCAGCAAAGUGCACGUCUAUCAUGACUUCGUCCAGGAUAAGUGAUCCGCAGACAUUCAUAGAAGACAGUGAAAAUUCGAUAAUUAAAUUGAAACUAAAAAAACCGAAAUCAUGGAACUGGGAACUGAGCACAUCAAAGUCGUCGCCGAAUAUAAAUUUUCCGAAAAUUCUUUUAUACGACCAUAAGAACAAUCUAUUGGCGGAAACGGAUGAAUCAAAUUGCAUUGUUAACGACAAAAAGGAUGGUAAAUUGACAAACGGAAAAGUGGCUGGAAAAAAUAAAAUUCUGUCGUCAUCGUCCACUAUUUCAAGCAAUAAAAACGAAACAAAACGGUCACCAAAGACCAACAUUGAUAGUAAUUGCAUUUACAACAGCAUCGACCCCAUUCAGAGCCACUCAGCCCAAUUACAAAAUGAAAGUUUGUCGCAUCAAAGCAAAAUCGAAACAAAUUCCACCAGUACUUCAACGGAACCACUUAAAUAUCUUGGCUGUCGCAAACGAUCCCUAAGCGUCAGUUUUAACGAGAUGAAACAUUUUCUGAACAAUUUAAAGCAUCAAUUAAAUGGUAGCGGCAUUGAUUGCAAAAUAACGAACCACAGUAGUGAAAGAAAAUAUCCGAACAAAAUCGGUUCGACUAAUGAAUACAAGCAUUUAAACGAAAAUUUCAAUGAAAAUCAACUUAGACGGAUAAAAUCAAUUUCGGAUAUCAACCAAGCAAAAAAGGGAUCGAAACAAAAUCUACCUGAAUCGGCAACAGCAUUGAUGUAUAAUGGAAAGGUUGGUGAAAAGGGUGCGUUACGUAAAUCGUUUAAAGGAAAAGAAUACACGGGAAUGUCGUCAUCAUACCGAACAACAUGUAACGUAGAAAAUGUCGAUGAACAUGAACGAACAGCCACUGAAACCGUCAAUGGUACAGACAUUUUUGAAAAUGAUGUUUAUUUAACCGGAAAUCAGACAACGCUUAAACGAAAUAAUUUUUUACUAACGAAAAGCAAAAGUUCAAUGGAAGUGGUUUCAAGUGGCGGUGACGUUCAACGAAACGAAAAGAAAAAAUAUCGUCGAGCACACAGCACAAAUUCAUUGAGGUUUUCGUCAUCAAUUUUGGAGCGUAUUAGUGAGUUUAAGCGCCGUUCAUCCUCAACGGAUAGCGAAGAUAUUGGAAGCAAUUCCACCGAGCACACACCAACAAAACCAAGAUAUUUUUUGAGAACCAGCCAAGCCGGUACACUGUUGAUAUGCAAUGAAAGUUUCAAAAAUAGAAAAAUUCGUCGUCGACCAAGAAGUUACAGUAAAAGAAAUGAAAAUGGUGAAUGUAGUCCGGGUAGUCGGGCUGUAAAUGAUGUAAUUGAUUCUAAAGAACGAAGUAACUGUGGGGAACACAGGGAUGAUACACAUUUUUUUACAAAUGGAACGUAUAAGAGAGCAUUGCCGGAGGAAUCGUAUGAAAAUUUUGAUAAAUGUUCAAAUCGUUAUGAAACAGCUAUUGCAAACAUAGAUGACCUGAUUGCGAAAGUAGUUUCUGCUAAGCGAACAGAAUCAAUGAAUGGACACGCGAACUGUAAAGAAAAUGUUUUGGUUAAGAAAAAAAGUUGCUGUUGCAACGAUGAAAUACCAAUUAUUGAUGAGCAUCGAAUCGAAAAUGAAUUACACAAAAACGAGAGUGUUGAAAAUGUAAUUAAAAACAGAGAUAAUCAAUUAGACAAGUGCAUUAAUUUCUCCGACAGUGUUGGUAGUGAAGUUGUACGAGAGAAACGGAAAAAAAGGGCAAAAAGUUUGGGGAAAAACGGUUAUUCAACGAAUAAGUGUAAAAACGACAGUUGUGGGAAAGUGCAAAAGUUUUCCGGAAAAGUUCGAUGUAGAAGUGCAAGUGUUGGCAGUGAAUGUCAUUCAUCUUCGUCAUCGGAAGAAGAUUUGUCUAUGAGAAAUGCACAACGCGGAAGAUCUAGAGUGAAACGGCGGCGUCGACAGCAGAAUCAACUUCAAGGUGAUCAGGUUCUAGCCGUUACAAACAGCUUAUCUCUAACGCAACUGGACUCUGACUGUAAAUAUUGUGAUUCGACCGAUCAAAAGCAAGUGUUGCUGGCGUUAGUACGGCGUCUUGCAUCUCUGCAAAAUUAUUCUCAUUUACAUUAUUCGGAAGCACCACAUAGGAACGUUGAUAAAUUUAACCCAGAAAUUCCGAACACCAACAACAGGGAGCAUAUCAACGGCAGCAGCAGCAUCGGCGGCACUACUAUAGUAGCAUUACAGAAUGUUAAUGAUUCUGAUAAGAAAAGAUUAAAUGGUUUAAGCAAGUCAACUGAAAAGACAAAUGCUGCUAGUUUAAUCGGGAAAAAUGAAAAAAAUAAAGAAAUAAUCAAGCAGAGUUGUGCCAGUGGUGAAACGGAUAUUAAUAUGGGAUCAAAUGUGUCCCGGCAUUCUGGCAAAGGAUUAUCUGGACGAAGAACUAGGUCGUCAGGCGAUCUGUGCAAUGAAAAUGAUGAAAUACCAAAUGGUUCGUGUAAUACGCCAAAUAAUAAACGAAAAAGUGAAAAUGGAAAAUCCAAUGCCAUUUACGAGCACCACCACCACCACCAUCAUCAUCAUCAGCAGCAGCAACAUGAUGAAAAUACAGCUGAAUCAUGUCCUGUUAAUACGGCCACCAAACUAAUGAUGGCUCCAUUGUGUGUUAGCAAAAAGGACCGAAACAAAUUUUGUGGAAGUUUGCCUAAUCACUUGGAUGCUGAUGAUGUGUGCGGUGAAAAUGCUCACAUCGAUAACAACAAUACACUAGACAGAGUUGAGUACGUGACAGUCGCCCCAAAGAAAAAUCACACCCCACAUCAAAUAGAAAGCUCACCAUACCACAAUAGUAGCAGUGAAAAGGAGUCAACGUCUUCCUCAACAAAUUUGGGCAGCACGUUUCGCUCUAAUCACGAAAAUAGGCCCGACAUUCAACUAAAGCUACCAAUAAAUCGUUCCACUUUCGAUACAGGUUGUGAUCAAGGCUACGCGUCGGAACGAUCACCCGAAGACGAGGUGCCACCACUAUUUCCUCCAUUCCGUGGCCCGUCGUACCAUUCAAUGCAUCAUAAUACACAACAACACUGGGACUACGAGGGACGGAAUCCUUGCGAUUAUAGUUUCAUUACUCCAGAUUGCUGUUUUCCGGUUCAAAUAACACGAAGUGAACGUGGAUUAGGUUUAUCCGUUUCUGGUGGUGUGGACACAAAUGCCGCAUUUCCUGGUUUAAUUCGUAUCAAAAGAUUAUUUGCGCACCAAGCCGCUUGGUCUACUGGGAUGCUUCAACCGGGUGAUAUACUAUUAGAUGCUAAUGGAAUCACACUUACCGGCCUGACAAACAAUGAAGCGUUAGAGGUUCUUCGCACCACAUCAAGCAUAGUCAAUUUAACCGUUUGUCGUCCCCGUGACGAACAAUACCGGAAAUUAUCACCACCCGCUGAACCACCCAAACCGCCACAGAGAACACAUCCCAACUGUUUGCCGCUGGACCCGCUGUAUCCCAUUCAGACGUAUUAUAAUGGAGAGUUUGAAAUAAUUAUGGUAAAACAGCAAGGUUCAUUAGGUUUUACAUUACGCAAAGAGGAUGAAUCUGUACUGGGACAUUAUGUACGAGCUUUGGUACGAGAACCGGCAACAACUGAUGGUAGGAUUAAGCCCGGUGAUAAAAUUAUUGCGGUAAACGAUGUACCACUGUGUCCAAUGACCCAUGAACAGGCUGUGAUAUUUUUAAGACAAGCAGCAGAUAAAGUGAAAUUGAGACUUUAUCGUGAUGAUUCCCAAACACCAAUAGCUUCAAUGUCUCCGUCGAACAAUGAAAAUCGAUCGAUAUGUAGUAGCAGUUCCAAAUCGAAAGUUUCCUUACGUCCGGAGGCUAUCAAUUUGUUAACUGAUUUAGCGUAUAGACAAAAGAAGAACGGUCCGAAUCCCGAGUCGUCGGGGUCGGGUUCGUCAUUUAGAUCGAAUACAACAUCACCUCGUCGGCUAAGGCGUGGCAACAACAAGUCCGGUUCGUCGGGUACAACAACUUCCAACAGUGAAAAUGAAAAGACUGAUUCCAAUAAAAGUUACAUACCUGCUGAUUAUAUCAUAACAAGUCAACCGUCAUCUUCAGUGUGUUCCGAUUCCGAACAGUCGACCAUAAGCCAGUGUUCCUUUUUCGUUCCACCGAAAAACGCUGUCGAAAAUCCACUGAGCGUCACCUACACCAUUCCCGAAAAUGAGUCAACCGAAUUCUAUGGCGAAGAUGAACUAUGGAAAAUGGACGACGAAAGUGAUAAUAGCGACAAGCAAAAUCGUCCCAGCUAUCUCGACUUGGCGGGCAACAGUGGCAGCACGCCCGUUGUGUCACGCAAACCUCGAUUCCAAUUCACAGCUGCAGCUAAUUCGUACGAAUUAAACAAUCUGAACAACGAUGCGUUGGAUGCGCCUAUUUAUAAUAAUCCCGUAUUAAAUAGUCAACCAAUCGAUGGCGAUAACAAUCAAAAUUUUAGCAGUCUACCAUGCGAAACGUUUCUGGUUGCAUGCAAGACUGAAAGUGAUUUGAGCUCAGGAAACCGGAAUUUCAAUCACAACAAUCCAUUGUAUCAAUCCGCCCAAGUUCAAUCCAAAAACAAUUCCGACAACUUGGUGUUGCCGAAAGCAACAACUAAAAGUUUGCUGAAGUGGAAGGGCGUUAUGUUUUCAUCGGAUGAGGAAAAGGAAACACCCGAAGGAGAUUCAAGUUGUGCAGCAACUGUUGGUACUAAUCCUACCCCAGGGACGGAAAAAGACUUUGAUUUUAAUGGUCUAACGACAGAUGAAGAUGGACACAAGAUUCUAACCGUUGAAUUGAAUAGGGGUUGGAAUAGUCGUUUAGGCUUUAGCCUACAAAGUGAUUCAAAUACGAAAAACACUUUCAUCAGCGCUAUUUACAGCGACAGCGUUGCGGCUAGGGAUGGAAGAUUAAAAAUCGGAGAUCAAGUGCUUAUGGUGAACGAAGAUUCUGUGGAACAUAUGUCAACCGCUAAAAUCAUCGAUCUACUCCGAAUCAUCAGAGGUUCUAUUUGCCUAACUGUGCUGAGGAAUGAGUAAAAAAAUAAUAAUAAUUUUGUCUCUGAUGGGUAUGUGCUGGGUGAUUCGGGAAAAUAAUAAUCGGCAACUUCUUAAUUUAAUGUAAAAUUUAAUUAAUUUUCGGUUUUACGUUAAACUUUUUUGAUGAACACUUGUUGUGUAAAAAAAAUCAUCGAAAAAUUAUUUGGAGUGGUGUGAGAGAGAGAGAACAAAUUUAGCAAACAAUUAAAAUGGUUCUCCUGGC